CGCCGCCGGGAUGUGGCGCUGCGGGCGGGGGCUGGCGGCGGCGCGGGGCCUCGGCUGCUGGGAAGGAGCUGUGGGCCGGCCGCUGGAGCCUGCGCGCGUGCGUGCGUGCCUGCGCCGGCGUGCACGUGUGAAUAGGCGCUGUUUUGCAAUGGCUGAGGGUUUGCGAGUAGCAGCUGCCAGCCAAGCCAAGAGACUAAAGAGCAGCAGCACCAACUGCGAGGAGAUUGAAAAGCAAGAGGAAAACGGACAUCAGGCCAAAAGAUUCAAGAGAGACCAGGAGGAUGUGGAAGACCAGAAUAAGAAGCUUCCCAAAAGGAAGAUUGUCCUGUUGAUGGCGUAUUCUGGGAAAGGUUACCAUGGGAUGCAACGAAAUGUGGGAUGCCCUCAGUUCAAGACGAUUGAAGACGACUUGGUGUCUGCCCUUGUUCAGGCUGGCUGCAUCCCAGAAAACCAUGGGGAAGAUAUGAAAAAGAUGUCCUUUCAGAGAUGUGCACGGACAGACAAGGGUGUGUCCGCAGCUGGACAGAUAGUGUCACUGAAGGUCUGGCUGAUGGACAACAUUUUAGAAAAGAUCAAUAACCAUCUCCCUUCAGAUAUCAGAAUUCUGGGACUGAAAAGAGUAACCGGGGGAUUCAACUCUAAGAACAAAUGUGAUGCCCGGACCUACUCCUACAUGCUACCAACAUUUGCCUUUGCCCCAAAGGACCUUGAUCCCCAAGAUGAAACCUACCGACUGAGCCAAGAGACUCUGGAGAAAGUCAACAGACUUCUUGCUUGCUACAAAGGAACUCAUAACUUCCACAACUUCACCUCUCAGAAAAAGGCCAAGGACCCCAGUGCCAAUCGGUAUAUCAUGGAGAUGUUCUGUGAGGAGCCCUUUGUGAGAGAAGGCCUGGAAUUUGCAGUGAUAAAGGUGAAAGGCCAGAGUUUCAUGAUGCACCAGAUCAGGAAAAUGAUUGGUCUGGUGAUUGCAGUAGUGAAAGGUUACACGGCUGAGUCUAUCAUGGAGCGCAGCUGGGGAGAGGAGAAGGUGGAUGUCCCCAAAGCGCCGGGGCUGGGGCUGGUUUUGGAAAGGGUGCACUUUGAAAAGUACAACAAGCGCUUUGGAAAUGACGGGCUGCACGAGCCUCUGGAAUGGGUAGAGGAGGAGGAGAAGAUUGCUGCUUUCAAAGAGGAACAUAUCUAUCCAACAAUUAUAAACACGGAACAGGAGGAAAAGUCCAUGGUGAACUGGAUGAAUACCCUCUCCAUCCAUGACUUCAAUUCCACUGCUACAGGGGCGCAAGCCAAUGACGGGAGCUCCAAGAACAACAAUGAACUUGAUGGCAGCGAUGGUUGUGACGAUGACUCCGACUGAGUCCAUAAAUGACUGGAACCAGGACCUUUACCACUUACAGUUCAGUUUGCAUAGAACAAAGUGGCCUUUCUUAAUCCAAGGAUCCAAUAAAGGAGAAGAUCGCUUACGCGCUGAACAGAGGAAUCGCUUAUGCCCAAAAGGAACUGAGCUGGAAAAGCAAUGCAAAAUGACAUCAAAACUGACCAUUUACAGGACUAACCAAUGCAUUUGAAUUGGAAUACUUGAAAACUAAUCACUGAAAAGAAAAUGUGCUUCAGAAAGGAACUUCCUGGUGCAGGCGGAGUUCUUUUCCUUGUCAUUUGAAUUGUUUUUAUUACAGUAAAAGUGCUUACUUGAAAAAUACAGUUAUUUAAAUAUGUACAAUCUGUACAGGGGGGAAUAUAAAAAAAAAAACAAACCAACCCAGAUUUUUCUCAUUUUUAUUUUAUGGAUUAAAGACCUCCUUGAACUAGCUUUUUGAAAACCUUUCCUCUGUAGAACAUUCCCAUCUGCAGCUGAAACAAUUUCUAAAUGUUGUCAGAAUCUUAUUUUAUCCUGUGUAUGAUAUGUCACUUUCACACAGAAUCCUUUGUGUUCGGCCUGAGAUCUCCUGUCUUACUGAUGGCCCUGAUUUCUCUCACCAAUGAAAGUCAAACUGUCUUUGCUCUCUUAACCUUUGCAAGUUUAAGAAGCUGGCCAUUAUAUUAGUGGGGGCCAGCCUUUUUGGCAGGUGUGCCACAAAUUAUACCCAGACCCUUCCCAAGUGCCACUCUGAUUCUUUUCCCCUGCCUGUGCUGUUGCUUUGCUUUCUGGUUGCUGCCUGAUAUGCCACUGUGCCAUCUGUCCCCUCCCAACUCUGCUGUAUGCCACACAGGCCUCCUUUACCACUUGUGGCAUGCAUAUCACAGGAUGGCUACCCCUGCCUUGGGUAAGUAGGACCCCUUAAUUUGGAAAUGUGGCCUGAUAUGUACUAGGAGACAAAAUGGACCUUUUAUUUUGGCAAUGUCCUUGUUAGUGUUGCAUCAUCCCAGUGUGUCCUUAUCCUUGCACAAUCCCAAAAUAUAGAUUUACAACUGUCUGCGUGAACUGAGUGUCUCCAGCCUAAGCUAUUGUUUCAUAAUUACAUUGGCUGAGGCUUGUACAGCACUUGGAUUGCACAAAGCCCUGGGGAAAUGCUAGAAUCAGAAACCCCAAGUGUGCAACCUUGAAAAGGGCUUGGCGCUGCAUCUGGUAGAUCAACAAGUGCUUUGCUGUAGUAUUGAUUUUUUUUUUUAAAUUUUUUUUUUUUUUUUUAGAAGUAGCGAGGUACCUGCAUAUCAUGUUUUUUGUUUUUUUUUUUGGUUUAAAUCAGUUUGUGUGUGUGUAAAAUGGAAGGGCCAAGUUUUCAGUAGGUUUCAAGGCCUAAUGCUUGCAUGUGCAAAUCCUCAUUCCAUCUUUCCCUGCAGAACAGGGCACUGCAUGGGAUUGAUAUGUGCUGCCAAGAUGGUGUAUAAACUAGGCAUAUGGCUUUGGAUGUGGUAGUUGAAAAUCAGGCCCAAACUCUGUAGAGAAUACAUUCCUACUUUUGGGAGACUAGAGGGGUAAGUAUGUGACAUGUCCAGCAGACCCUUAAUUCUGUAUGUGGAAGGUGUGAAGGACUCUUCCUUUGGGAAGUAAAUAUGUUUUCUCUGUUUGGGGCACGUGAAGCUGCUCAGGUGUUCUUCCCUCUGAACUUAAUUGUGGCUUAAUUAAGUCUAGUUUAAUUAGCCAUCUAGUUCCCUUAAGGGCAUGGGAGGGAGGAGCAGAGGUGCAAGCAUCCUGCAAACCUUGCUGGACAGGGGUGGGGCAGGUGUCUGAAGGCAGCUCUUGUCUUUCAGAAGGUGCCAGGAGUGGGAUGUGUAGGAACUCAGCUGACUCGGUACAUUCCUGUUGAGCUGGGCUUGAUAGGAUACUUAUUUCUUUAUGGGACAGGAAUUAAAGCUGCCUUUCUAGGAAGAAACUUGAGGCAGGGGUUAUACGUUCUUAUUGGCCCUGUGACCCUAACCUGUUUGCACAAACUGCAGCCCUCCUACACCUGGGUUUGAGUCAAGCCUGUGGUCUCCCUCAGACCCAGUAUUAUUUCCUCUUUGAAGUCCAGUAUGUUCUAUUCUAUGAAAUGUAUUAAACGUUGUGUUUUUGAGGCCUGUGGCCUUCUGAUUCCUUCUGGGAUCCAGUUCUGCCGGAAUAAUUUCUCAUUUAAUGUCAAGUAAUUGAAUAUUGCAGAAGAGAGAGUGUUUUUUGGUUUGGGUUUUAAUUGGAGGUUUUAUUUCCAGAGCAUCUUGGUUUAUAUUUGUCUAGUAACAGGCACAUCUCAAGCUGUCUGCAGAAAAUGUCCUUUCUCCCUAGAUUUUUUGUUUAUACAGGAAGUCCUUGGACUCAUAAUUGGUUCCUGGAAACUGUCUUAAGUCGAAACAUUGUAACUUGAAACCAAUUUUCUCAAAAGAAACAAUGUUAUAAAUAAGGGACUGGUUCCUGAACCAAGGCCCGAUACCCUAUUUUCACCAAAAAUAACCCAGAAUUUUGUACUUGAUCAAUUAUAGAUGAGUAACAUAGCUACAUAAAUGUAUUUUAUAUUGUAAAUAGCAAUCAUAUUGAUUUGGAAGGAUUUCUUUGAGGUGACUUUGUUUGACUUUUUGAAAGGCUCUUGGCUGGAUGUUUUGAAGGGCUCUUGGCUGGAGUCUUGGCUGCAGGUUUUUCUGGAGUCUCAUCUGCUUUCUUAAAGAAAGUGUCCAAGGAAGUUUGGACAGAUGUUCUCCAGGGAGAUGGAUGAUGCAGCGAGCUUGUUCGCUGGCCUGGCAUUGCAUCGGAUCAAGCGUUGUCCAAAUCAAAACUGACGUCAUAAAGUCGAAACAGUGUGUUGAUUUAUAAACAUUGUAAGUGUGAAACGCCGUAACUCGAAACCUUGUAAGUCGGGGACUGCCUGUAUGCCUGUUUUGGACAACUUAGAUUGAUCGUGAUGACCUUUUUUCCUUCUCUUAAAUGCAUUUCAAUCUGUGGGGAAUACCGUGGGAAUACUGAUAACUCGGUUGAUAUCAGUGGGGAUUUUUAUUUGUAGCCUAUCAAAAUGAAACAAAAAAUUGUUUUGGAUCGUU